AUGUCUAAUACUGAACGUACCUUCAUUGCCGUCAAACCUGAUGGAGUCCAAAGAGGACUUGUUGGAAAAAUUAUUGCUCGUUUUGAGGAACGUGGAUACAAAUUGGUUGGCCUUAAAAUGCUCACUGCUUCACGUCCCCAUCUUGAGACUCACUAUCAAGACUUAAAAGGAAAACCAUUCUUCCCAUCUCUUAUUGAUUACAUGGCUUCUGGACCAAUUGUUGCUACAGUUUGGGAAGGUCUUGAUGUUGUUAAACAAGGACGUGCUAUGCUUGGUGCCACCAACCCUCUUGCAUCUGCUCCAGGUACUAUCCGUGGAGACUACUGUAUUCAAACUGGACGUAACAUAAUCCAUGGAUCUGAUUCUGUUGAAGCUGCUCAAAGAGAAAUUUCUCAUUGGUUCAAACCAGAAGAACUUAGUGACUAUGCCUCUGCUCAAGCUAAAUGGAUUUAUGAAUAA